CCCCCUUUCACCCCAUCCCCUCGGUGGUCGUUCAUUGGCGGGUUAAAAGAAAGUUUCCGCCCCCCGAGUCGCCAACAACAAGCCCCCGCGAGUCCCCGAGGCGCGAUGGAGCAAGGCGCGGGUCUCGACUCCUUCUUCGACUCGGACGGCGCCCGCGAGUCGCCGUCUCCGCCCGCCAGGUUCGCCCUGCGCGGCCUGCCAGCGCCGCUCGCAGCAGCAACAACAACGACGACGACUAACGCUCACACGCGGCGGCUCGAGAUGCCAGCCAAUCCGCUCGACAAGGGAGAGGGCAAGCGAUCGCCUCCCACCCACAGCGACGACGACUGCAGCAGCAGCAGCAGCGGCAGCUUCAGCAGCAGCAGCAGCAGCUUCAACAGCUACGGCCGCUCGCCCCGGGCUCGCUCCCCAGGCAGGAAGAGCGUCACCACUCCUCCUCUUCUCUCCGACGACUCCGACUCGGACCCGACGUCGUCUGCCGCCUGCCGGAAGGGGCCGAACCGUCACGCGAAACUGGAAAUGAAAAUCCCGACGGGGACUCCGAGGGCCGGGGACGAGGAGUGCUACUCGGACGACUUCGACGACUGCCUGGAGGAGGCGCGCAAGCGGCUGCGCCGGCUGCGCGCCGAGUCGGUGGCACACUGCGGAGAAUGCCUCGGAAGCGCCGCGCCGGCUCGCGACGGCGCCUGCGGCAGCGAGUCGGGCGGCAGCGUGACCGACGUGACGCCGCUCUCGUCCGCCGGCAGCAGCCCCCGGGACGCGCGCCGGCGGUACGACCGGCGGCCGCCGCCGCGGCAGGAGAACCUGAACUUCCGUCUGCGCGGGCGCGAGCGUCCGCUGGCCGCUUCUAAGGAUCCGGCGACGCCGGCGGGCGCCGGCAAACGGGAAGGUGACGGCGGCGACGACGAGGAGGAGUUUGACGACCUGCUGCGGUCGGUGUUGAGCGAGAGAAGGGGGCGCGCGCCGGUCGCCGCCGGCGCCGGGAGCCGGCGGACGUCGGCGGGCAGACGGAAUUUCUCGUUCAACAACGCCGAGUGCGAGCGCAUCGAGCGAGAGAAUCGGCGGCUGCUGCGCGAGCUCUGCCACAAGUCGACGGCGCCGGGGCCGGCGGGGGGAGGAGUACGGGGAGGGGGAGGAGUGGGGAGAGGCGGCAGGGAUUGCGCCAGGAGGCCCUGCCGCGAGGCAGCGCCGGCGCCGGUGCUGGGCACUCGUGCCAGCCCCUCCGCCAAGAACCGGCAGAGAGAGCACAUGCGCAUCGAGAGAGCCAAUUAUGCCUUGCUGAAGCGGCUCGAGGCGGCCAAGGUGUCCCCCGGGCUGCGGCGCGCUGAGCAGCUGCGUGACCACGCGCGUCUCACGGGGCAGCCCCUGCCCCCAUUGUCAUCCUCCCGGCCAGCCUCGCACAGGUCCAAGUCCCAGGGCCGAGCCAUCGAGGGGAGUCCCCGUGCGUCCAGCUCCUUUGGGUCCCGUGGGGAUCGUGUCCACGGCCUCCAGCCGCGGUCGCUGCUGAGCGCCAGGCCGGCCUGGGACCCCCGCUGCGCUUGGUGACCACACGGGAGCUCGUCACCCGGGGAGCCGGUUGAAUCGCGGGGGGCCGAUGGGACCCGGAUUCAAACCAAGGCCCCCUCCCCCGACGGUGCAGGCUCCGUGGCUCUUGACGUGACCGCCACUUCUCCCAAACCCCUUAAUUUAAACGUUUGUGUUCGUGUGUCGACCAUUAAAAUAGGUGCAUGGGCGUACCCUGUAUAAAACCACGUGUGGCAAUGCUUUCCUUUCGCAUAUUUUCUAUAACUUUGACCGCCUCUCAGAGUUACGGUACGGCGCGACACACGUGGGUACAUCAUCGCGUGUCGCCCAUCGGCGGAUCGCGACGUGCGGUUUGGUGAAGUGUGGGCGACGUCCACGUUUUUCCAAGACGACCGGCCGGCAAUGGAAGAGUAGACCAAACACUGACCGGAGCUCACUCCGGUGCAACCCGGAAUCACGUUGAAGAGCUACGCAGCACAACCGCGAAAAGCCAGCCAGUAGCAAAACACAGUCGAUCAUAGAUUAUCCGGCAGCUUCCAACGUUAUCCGGCAGUCCCGGGCCGAUCUGGCGAAACCGGCAAAACCGUUUGAAAGUUCGGCGAUCGGCACCGUGCUCGUGACGAAAAAAGUAGCUACGCUUGAUUUCAAUGUUAAAUAUUGUAUACGGUACGGUACAUUAUACACUACAUACAUUUUAAACAAUGACAAUACUGCACGUGUAUACAGCACCACAGGCAGUAAAUACGGUAACUUUUUAAAGUCGGAUAUUUAUUUUGGUCUUUGUUUAUUUAUGCCAAUUUCACGUGGUAAACGAAUUUAAAAAAAAAAAACCUAAAAACAUAACAUCAUACAAGAAUGCAAAAAUGUGAUUAGUAAUUAUCUGGCGUUUUUGAAAAUCCGAAGCCACCGGAUAAUCGAUUCUCUCGACUGUAUUUGUGGAGAUUGCCGCUCAUGUUCUCGUAGGAGCCCACUCCUGCGAAAAGAAAAGUCUCGACACUCAACCGAGGCACUCCUGAGCGUCCGCUGACGGUCCGUGCGUGUCGCUGCUCAACACAGACGCGGGAUGCCCCUCGUCUGCGCUUGGCAAACCUCGGAGCAAGUUUUGUGGAAAGUCCACGGUGCGAAUUGGCUUUUCCGGAGUGGCUCUGACCCAAAGAAAACAGCUGUGCGCUGCGCACAGCGCGCCAUCCAAUAUUACCGGGUGACCGUAACUUUUUCACCGUUCUUUUCUUUUCCGAUCUUCCUGCCGCCCAACGUGGAAGCUCGCGACGAAUCGCGAUUCUGCUCGUCAUCAAAAUGUCGCAACGCUGCCGACGAUUUUAUUUCUGUUGGGGUUCCUUCCGUCACUCCCU